AGGUGAUCGGGAUGGAGGUGAUCGGGGUGGAGGUGGCUCGGGAUGGAGAGUCCCCUUGCCCCCGGAGGGAUCCCCUCGCCCUCUGUGCUCCCCCACCCCAGCGAUGCCACCGUGCAGGAUUUUGGGCUGUUUGUCCCCAAAGAUUUAUUUACCCACCCAUCCCAAGCACAGCUUGGGUGGCUUCUCCCCGGCUUCGGGGGCAGGCGCCAUCCGUGGCUCAGUGUUGGACCAGGCAGUGCAGGGUUGAGGAUUGGAAUUGAUGAUCUUGGAUGUCUUUUCCAAAUUUAAUGAUUCUAUGAAUCCCACUCUCCCGUCUCCUCUGCAGGUCUCUGCUCUUCUCCCCCGCUGUGCAGAUGGUGCUCCUGCGGGCUGGGCUCUGCCCUGGUCUCACUGAAGACAUGAUCCAGCUCCUCAGGGCCAAUGCCAUCAGGACGGUGGUGGACUUUGUGUCUUCAGACCUGGAGGAUGUUGCCCAAAAGUGUUCCCUGUCUUACAAGGCGCUGGUUGCAGUCAGACGUGUGCUCCUGGCCCAGUUCUCUGCCUUCCCUGCCAAUGGAGCUGACCUCUACGAGGAGCUCAAGAGCUCCACGGCCAUCCUGCCCACUGGCAGCCCAAGCCUGGACCAGCUGCUGGACUCAGGGCUGUACACGGGGGAAGUGACAGAGCUCAUGGGAGCACCAGGCACUGGGAAGACUCAGGUGUGCCUGGGCAUUGCAGCCAGCGUGUCCCUGGGGCUCAAGCAGCACGUCCUGUUUCUGGACUCCACGGGGGGUUUCACUGCCUCCCGUCUCUGCCAGAUGCUCCAAGCCCAGACAGAGGAUGAGGAAGAGCAGCUGGAGGCUCUGCAGCGGGUGCAGGUGGAACGUGUGUUCAACAUCUACGAGGUGCUGGGUGCCUUGCAGGAGCUGCGGGAUCGCCUCUCCCAGCAGGUUGUGAGCUCCGUGGGACCUCUCAAGGUGGUGGUGCUGGACUCGGUGUCGGCUGUGAUUUACCCUCUGCUGGGGGGCAGGCAGGCAGAGGGUCUGGCCCUCAUGAUGCAGCUCUCCAAGGAGCUGAAGACCCUGGCCAGGGAGUUCAGCCUUGCUGUUGUGGUGACCAACCAGGUGACAAGGGACAGCAGCAGUGGCCCACUGAAGCCAGCCCUCGGCCGCUCCUGGAGUUUCGUGCCCAGCACCCGGGUGCUGCUGGAGAGCAGAGAGGGCCCCUGGGAGAGACCCAGCACACAACGUGCAGCUUCCCUGGCCAAGUCACCCCGGCAGCCAACAGGGAUCCAGGUGGAGCUGGACCUUGGAAAUGGUGACGUGUUGGAGCCCAGCCUGGUGACAGCCACACAGGGACUCUGAUGGGCUGGAAAAGCAGAUGUCACAAGGCCCAAGAGAGCUGCACAAAAACAGUGCUUUCCUGCUGCUCUUGUGUGCUCUUGGCAACCUUCUGAGGAGAGGGAGCCUUGGAUGUGGAGUUUCCUCUUGAUCCCAGAUGUCUCAGAUGCCCUCAGUUUAGGAGACCUCCUCGCCAGGUGAGCUGAGCCAUGGCUUGCACUUCAAGGCAGCUGAUGGAGAAUUUGGGGGCUGGGACUAAUUAGGGCAUGCUCAUUAAACUAACAGCACAGCACCACAGCUGCUGGAGCCCUCUAAGGCUGUGCUUGACACAUUAAAUACAUAUUUUUUACUG